CCGUAUCACCCUCCAUCUAAUUCCAUCCAUUCCUAACAUGGAAAGUCUUUUUCUUGGAUUUUGUCGUACCGCCCCUCCUUUGCACCGACCACAAUUCUAGCCUAGCCUUGUAUGGAUCCAGGUGUCUCUGGAACGCCACGUUCAGCAUACUCGAAAACCGAAGAAUAAACAGUUUGAAAAACAAACGCUGCUUUUGGGACACGUUCCAAUAAGCUUCUCUUCGCUUCUAUUGUAUUUCUCUUCCUUUUUCUCUUUAUAAAGCAAGAAUUCCGACACCCUUGUUUUUCUCUGUCUUUGUGUUGCGUGAGUUUACUAGGAAAAUUUAAGAUGGGAGAUGGUCACAUGGGAGUAGAAGCAGAAGCAUCAACAAUUAACGAUCAUGGUAGCAGCGAUGAUCAUAGAAACGAGGUGGAUAUUUACCCUCUAAGUUGUUACUAUUUUGGAUCCAAAGAAGCCAUUGCUUUCAAGGAUGAAACUCUGUAUGAUCGUAUUAAUAGGAUGAAAUCCAAUUAUGCUGCUUAUGGAUUGAGGACUUCUGUAGAAGCAGUUAUUCUGGUUGAAUUGUUCAAACACCCUCAUUUGUUGCUGCUGCAAGUUAGAAAUUCCAUCUUUAAGCUUCCUGGUGGUCGUUUGAGGCCAGGUGAAUCAGAUACCGAUGGGCUGAGACGUAAGCUUUCUAGGAAGCUUUCUGCCAAUGAAGAUGGCAAUGAAACUGAAUGGGAGGUGGGAGAAUGUCUUGGCAUGUGGUGGCGGCAUGAUUUUGAAACAUUGUUGUAUCCGUACUUGCCACCCGAUGUAAAAAAGCCUAAGGUAGAGUGCACCAAACUCUUCCUUGUGAGGUUGCCAGAGAGUCGAAAAUUUAUUGUUCCCAAAAACCUGAAAUUGCUUGCAGUUCCACUGUGCGAGGUUCACGAAAAUCACAAGACAUAUGGACCGAUAAUAUCUGGAGUGCCACAGUUGCUAUCUAAAUUCUCCAUCAACAUUAUUGAUACUUAGAAUAUGCAUGUUGACCAUACCGAGUGGGAUUAAGGUAAAAUUACAGAGAUUUGAUAGAAGUUUUCAAUCUUGGGCUUGUAAUUUUCAUUAAAUUUCGAAACACACUUGUAUAUACCAUAGUUUGCUUACUGGAAGUGAUACAUUACAUAACAUUGAGCUCAACAAUAUUAAACUUAUCUUCA